AUGGGUACACAGUACCCAUAUUGUUUUCCCAGUGGCCCCGCUCUUCCCAAGCUUGGUUUCGACUCUCUGCCGCACGUGGUGGACGCCGUGUCAGUCUUCCUGGACACUUCCGUGGAGUUGCCCCUCGAGAGGGCGUCCAAGUUGGGGUCGCUGCCUCCACUGAACCGAAUAUGGGACAGUCUGGAGACGCUGGCGGACCAUUCUUCCUGGUCUGUCCGCCGCCUGCUGCUGCAGGAGGAGUCUUACAUGGAGCGCCAGUUCUGGCUGUCUCUCACGGGGGGGUGUAAGAAUAUCGACCUGUCCAUGGUGGAGUGGAUCUUCGAGCACUUCCCGGAGCGCGGCGUUUGUAUGCAGGUGGUGGAGGAGGCCGCAGCAGCCGGCGCGAUGGACAUUCUACAGUAUUUCGCCGAUAACGAGCGAGACAGCGAGGUGGACACUCGUCUCACCAAGCGAGACAUUUUCUUCGGGGGCAAGGACACGGCGAACGCGGCGGCAGGCGGCUGA